AUGGCCACAUCUGGCAGGAUCAGUUUUACAGUGAGGAGCAUUUUGGAUUUACCAGAGCAGGAUGCGCAUAGCAUAAAGCAAGCCUCCGACCACCACCACUCAGCGGAGAACUACACCGGCUCGCCGUACCGAGGGUGGAUAGAAACAGACAGAAAUCAGUAUCCCUCCUCCGACGAGAGCGGCCCGGAGCUGAGCCUGCCCGACUCCACCCAAAGGCCGCUCCCCGCCCGCGGCUCGGAGGCCGAGAAGAAGAAGAAGCGGCGGGUGCUCUUCUCCAAGGCGCAGACGCUGGAGCUGGAGCGGCGGUUCCGGCAGCAGCGCUACCUCUCGGCGCCGGAGCGGGAGCAGCUGGCCCGCCUGCUCAGCCUCACGCCCACCCAGGUGAAGAUCUGGUUCCAGAACCACCGCUACAAGAUGAAGCGGGCGCGCAGCGAGGGGCCCGGCAGCCCUCCGUCGCCGCGCCCUCCCGCCCUGCUGCGCCGGCUGCUGGUGCCGGUGCCGGUGCUGGUGCGGGACGGGGAGCCGUGCCGGGGCUGCCCCGCCAGCCCUCCACCGCCCGCCGCCCGUCCCAAGCUGGGCUGCGCCCUGGCGGGCUGCAGCGCCCAGGCCGCCCUCGCCGUCCAGGGCUACCAAGCCUGCCCGUCCGCCCUGGGCGUCUUCCCCGCGUACCAGCACUUAGCGCACCCCGCCGUCGUCUCCUGGAGCUGGUGA